AUGUCUCGUUCCACUAUUCACGGGGCUGAUCGCUAUACAGUGACCGCAAACUUUGAUUAUCCGAACUUCGACAAGCCCCGUAUCAAGCGUACGACGGGCAUUCUGCGUUCUAUGCUGCAGACGAUCGAGAAGGCGCUCACCACUGACGGCCUCACCGACGACUCACGUCAGCCGUCUGGCGUCAUGGUCAAUACUGUGGGCGAGCACAGGCUUCCGCCGCACAGCAAGAAGUCUCCUCUCCUGACAGGUGGGCAAGAGUGUGUCACGGUCACCGCGCAAAUCUCCAUGAUCCUGCAAACCUUCAAAGACACAGAUCAGCCGAGUCACCUUGUUUGUCUCCAUUUGUACCCAAUUGCCAUCUGA